AUGUCACCUACUGCGUCGAAGAUAAGGCCUAACUCGUCAAUGCGCACGAUGCAGUCCUCGAUCACCUCACUCUUCACGCCAUCUGGCAAGUCUACUCGGUUGGACCCCUAUAUCUCUACGCAAUCCCCCGUGACCCCUUCAGCAAGAGUGUCCAAUACAAGGAAAAGAAGUGACCUGAGUGACUCAUGCUUUGCGUUCGAAGGCCCCUCGAAACGGAGCAAGCCAGCUCUAUCUGAACGCCUCCAAUCAGCCGCACCUCUUGCGGACAGGCUCCGUCCAACCACUUUGAGACAAUUUGUCGGACAACCACAUCUUACCGGCCCUGGAUCUCUGCUCAUGCAUCUAUUAGAUACUAGAGCUACGGGUAGCCUCAUAUUUUGGGGACCACCUGGAUGUGGGAAGACUACACUUGCGAGGUUGAUGGCAAAACGCACCGGUGCCAUCUUCAAAGAGUUGAGUGCCACUGAUGCUGGCAUCUCCGACGUUCGGGCCGUCGUCGAGGAGGCCAAGAGUGUACUUGCGCUCACCGGGAAAGUCUUCGUCUUGGAGCGACUGACAGACGACGACAUCACUCACAUAAUUACGCAAGCAGUUGAACGCGUUUCCCCACAAGGGCCGACUUUCACAGCUGAAAAUUCUGAGGAUGAUACUCACGACAUACCCAGCUCGCAGCCCGAGACGGAGGAUGUGGUCCCUCAUCCAUCUUCUUUUUCAUCAACGUCCACAGUGACCCCAUCGUUCCCUACCUACCCCCAACUCACCCCUAAAAUUGUUUCGUCUAUUGCUUCUCUCUCCACUGGCGACGCGCGCACUGCAUUGUCACUUCUCGAGCUCGUGCUCUUGUCUCCCAUUGACGCCGACCCAGACAGGCUUCUCUCAUCUCUUCGGCAAUCGGUGUCUACGUCAUAUGAUCGUACAGGGGACAGCCACUAUGAUAUGAUCUCUGCAUUGCACAAAAGCGUCCGUGGUAGCCAGGGCAGUGCGGCACUGUAUUGGCUCGCACGCAUGCUAUCCGCUGGCGAAGAUCCUAUGUAUAUUGCGCGCCGGAUGGUGGUAUGCGCAAGUGAGGAUAUUGGCCUUGCAGAUAAUCAUGCCCUCCCGUUGGCAAUGGCAACCCUGCAGGCAUGUCAAAUAAUUGGCAUGCCGGAGUGCCGCAUCAACCUCGCCCACCUUGUCUCAUACCUUGCAGAAGCUCCGAAGUCAACCCGUGCUUAUGAGGGUUACAAACGAGCUGAGGAAGCUGCGAAGUUGGAUGCAACAAUACCAGUCCCACUUCCCGUCCGGAAUGCACCCACGAAGCUUUUGAAAGAGCUAGGCUAUGCACGAGGCUACUGUUACAACCCCGACUAUGCGCAUCCCGUCACAAAUGAGUAUCUUCCAAUCCAAUUCAGGGACGCUGCUUUCUUGAAGCCAGCUGGUGAUAUCUCAGACAAGGUUUGGGAUGAGGAUGCCCUCCGACUAUGGGAGCUGGAGGAGAAUGAAGGUAGGCCCUGGAAGGGUAGGUUGAUUGAGAGGGGCACAUCACAAUGA